GUCAACCCAUACUAUUCAAAAUAACAGAAGUACUCCUAUUGCUUUUGGUGGGGUUUACAGAGCCUGCGAUUUGGAAAAUGAAAUAUCUCGUGUCAUCUCUUCUAAUGAGGGAAAUUGGAUUCUUUAUCUGAUCUGGGGUUCAUCAGAUUCCUUGAAAUUCUGCAGAUUCUUCAACUUUUUGUGUCUGCAGGAUAUAAUUGCCAACCCACAAGAGGAUAGCAAUUUACAUUAUGGGUUGGCUAACCAAGAUUUUCAGAGGUUCCAGUCACAGACUCUCCAAAGGGCAAUAUCUUGGGAAAUAUGAAGAUCAUUCGAUUUGGGAAGAACCUCCUGCUUCUGCGGAUGCAAUGUCGGAUUUUGACAGAGAAGAAAUUGAUCUUGCAAUUGCCCGGUCUCUGGCUGAAGAAGAUGUCUCUCUGGCUGAAGAAGAUGCUUGUCUUGCUGAAGAAGAUGCGUCUCUUGCUGAAGAAGAUGAGAAAGAAAACAAAGAAGAAGAUGAGAAAGGAAAGAAAGUGAUUGAUACUGAGUCUCAGUCUCACUUGGAAGAAGAUGAAAUGCUUGCAAAGGCUGUUCAGGAAAGUCUGAACAUGGAGUCUCCACCUCGAUAUGAUUAUGGAGGUCGAGGUGAUUAUGGAGGUUACUUUCCUCCUUAUCCAUACUACUAUUCAUCGGGGUACAGGAUUUGCGCUGGUUGCAAUGGCGAUAUUGGUCAUGGAAGAUAUUUGAGUUGCAUGGGGGCUGUUUGGCAUCCAGAAUGUUUUCGUUGCCAUGCUUGCAAUCAGCCAAUUUCCGAUCACGAGUUUUCAUUGUCUGACAAUCAGCCUUACCACAAAUCGUGUUACAAGGAGCAGCAUCAUCCUAAAUGCGAUGUCUGCAAGAAUUUUAUCCCAACAAAUGCAGCUGGUCUUAUUGAGUAUAGGGCACAUCCUUUCUGGCAUCAAAAGUACUGCCCAUCGCAUGAGCAUGAUGGAACACCUCGCUGUUGCAGCUGUGAGAGAAUGGAGCCGGUGGAUGCUAGAUAUCUUAUUCUUGACGAUGGGCGGAAGCUAUGUCUGGAGUGUUUGGACUCUUCAAUAAUGGACACGCACGAAUGCCAACCCCUUUACCUUGAAAUUCAAGAAUUUUAUGAAGGUUUAAAUAUGAAGGUGGAGCAGCAAGUUCCAAUGCUCUUGGUUGAGAGACAGGCCCUAAAUGAAGCCAUGGAAGGAGAAAAAAAUGGUCAUCAUCACAUGCCCGAGACAAGAGGACUUUGCCUGUCUGAAGAGCAGACCGUUAGCACUAUUUUGAAGCGGCCGAAAAUUGGUGGACAUCGGAUAGUAGAUAUGUUUACUGAGCCUUAUAAGCUAGUUCGAGAAUGUGAGGUGACUGCAAUUCUUAUUUUGUAUGGUCUUCCUCGGUUAUUGACAGGUUCCAUCCUGGCUCAUGAGAUGAUGCAUGCAUGGCUGCGACUUAAAGGUUACCCAAAUCUAAGUCCAGAAGUGGAAGAAGGUAUCUGCCAGGUGUUAGCUCAUAUGUGGCUAGAUUCAGAAAUUAUUGCUGGUUCUGGGAGUAAUGUAGCUUCUACUUCAUCGUCAUCUUCCUCCGCCUCGUCCUCAGCUUCAUCAUCAUCUGGUUCUUCAAAGAAGGGCAAACGAUCUCAAUUUGAGAAAGAACUCGGUGAUUUUUUCAAACAUCAGAUUGAGUCUGACACUUCAACAGCUUAUGGAGAUGGUUUCAGAGAAGGCGAUAAGGCUGUGCUUAAGUACGGCUUAAAGAGUACGCUUGAUCACAUUCGGCUUACUGGAAGCUUUCCAUGUUGACCUCAUUGGUGAUUUACUCUGGAUUUUCCACUCAGACUUCAUAAAUUUGGCCUUUUCAUACUAGUUUGUACACGAUUAGAUAAGUAAAAAAAAAAAAAAAAUAGAGUCAGCGAUAAAAAGCUGGGGCUAAAAAAUGAAUAAGUGCUUCUGCUGUUCUGUUGUAAGUUUUGACAUUGGCCAGUUCAUGUUUUGUGUCAAAUAUUCAUACAUAAAAGGAUAUAAAAUGUUCAUAAUGGACAUAGGCAAAACAAAUAUUCUCCUUUUGAAAAAAGAAAAGGAUUUCAAUG